CACAAAAUGGUCGCCAUCGCUGAAGAACUUCAGGUUAUGCCCUUCAACCUACGAAUCUUGGAGUUGAUUGGCUUGUGGGGCAAUCGGGGCAAAUUGUACCGAUUUUUGCUUGCAUUCACUUACGUCGUAAUGGUGAUCAUGUUCCCGAAGGCAGUUUUGGGAGUUGGAAGUAGUGAUGCGACGCAGAUUUGCAAGGGCAUCGCCGAGUUUAUCUUUGAGUUGUCCAACUUGGUAACGUUGGGUGUCCUCGCGGCGAAGAGGAAUACCUUUGAACAGGUCAUUCAAGGGUUGAACGAAUUUUUUGAUGAAGUUGCUUUCGGGGAAGACUCCAAUGUCUGCUACGAAAUGAUCCUGAAACAAAAUUUGAAAAUCAAAAAAGUUUUCAAAUUUUUAAUGUUCUACUGCGGAUACGGAUCGAUUGCUUACUGCCUGCCAGCAGUUGUGAUUAGUCAUUGGCGUUUUUGGAGCAGCUGUGAACCUAUCAUUUUAGAGUUGCCUAUGGAGCAAGAGUAG